ACCAUGUCCGCCUUCCGGAAACACAUGCCGCGCACCACCCGCCUCAUCUCGACCAUCUUCGUCCUCUACGCCUUCGUCUGGCUCAAGGGAUGGCCGCGCACCUACGACGACGAGGAGCUGCCUGCCGCCCGCCGCCCGCACCAGCCCGGCGCCGCCUUCGGCCCUCACCCCGUCGUGCGCGACCAGCUCGUCGUCUCCAUCACCACCACGGCCAUCAAUGUCUACUCCAAGGCCGCGCCCCUCAUCCUCAACACCCAGCAGGCCGACCAUGAGAUGCUGCUGCUCUUCUCCGACCUGCAGGCCGAGAUAGGCUCCUGGCCCGUAUUCGAUGUCAUCUGGCGCCUCCCCUCGGACGUCAUCAUGAAAUCAGACGAACUGAACCGCUACCGCACACAGCUCGAAUACAGCCAGCGCAGCAUACCCUUGGAAUAUCUGCGAAAGCCGGACCCGGAGGACGAGCGCAAGGAAAUGCAGCUGCUUAACAAGUACAAGAUGCUGCAGACAAUGGCGGCCGCCUGGGACUACCGCCCCGGCCGUAGCUGGUACAUUUUCGCAGACGACGAGACGUACAUCCACAGGCCAAACCUGAUGGACUGGCUCAGCCAGCACGAUUCCGAAGCGAGGCACUUCUUUGCCAACCCCCCCACCGACCCCACUGCCCUCGUCCCCGACCCCUUUGCCGCCGGUGGCACCUCGUUCAUUUUGUCGCGCAAGGUUAUGAAGGAGCUGUUUGUCGACCGCAGGGACGCCAUCAAUAACUGGGCAACGCGCAUUUCGCACCAUGUGUCUGCAUUCGAUCUCGUCUCGACCAUGCUGAAAGAGGAGCUCGACCUUGACUUUGUCGCCGCCUGGCCCGGCAUUUCCGGCUUUGACCCCACCACGGUUACCUUCCACCCUUCGCUGUGGUGUGAGCCGAUCCUCAUGAUGCACCACGUUGCCCCAGACAUGCUCGGUGAUUUGUCCAAAUUGGAGAGAGAACAGGCGAGUGACAGGCCGUUGCACUAUGCGGAUCUGUGGGACCGCUUCUUUACCCCCGAAAAUCUAAAUUACACUCGAACCGACUGGGAUAACCUGUCGUCCGAACCGACAAACGGACGCUGGAACAUCUUGUUCGAAACAGAUCAAGUCCACAAGGACCGUGCCAAGUCAGGAGAACAGUCACCAGAGGCAUGUGAGCAGUCGUGCGAACAAAAUACAUACUGUGUGCAGUGGUCAUACUCGUCGAUUCCACAAAGAAACUGGAACGACAAUGCCGAAACCAAGUGCCAUCUUAGCAGCAGCAUACGUUUUGGUUUGCAUGUCAGGCCCAAGGAUAUGCCGACACAUGGACCCAAGGCUACACUAAGUUGGCAGAGCGGGUGGAAAAAGGCCAGAUUCCACCGCUGGGCAAGACAGCAGCAAUGCCAUGAACAGCACCAAUAGGUUGGCCGUCUACAGCACUUUGUUUGCAGCGUUUUUAGCGUUUUGCUUUGUUCCUUUUCCUUUUGCGUAAUCCCUUAAAACUUUUCUUGAACUUUGUUUGCUUACGCCAAUCCCCUCCCCCUAUUGGAUCAUUAAAAAAUGGGAGCUGGCCGUAAGAGCAUAAAACAAUCCGUUGAUUAGCCACUGUGUCGCAAGUUGAGCGGAAGGCAGUCGAGCAAAAGCGGAGCCUGAUAAAACCAUAUACCCCAAAUGCAUACUCUGCAAUCAUAAA